AUGUCUACACCGGAAGGGCCCCUUGCGCCUCUUGCCAGCGCAACCAACGGUCUCGCUCACGAGGUCAACGGCUCCGCUUCCGCUAAUGGCAAUGGCGCCGUCGACGGCGCCCCAUCAUUCGAUACCACCCUCUUUCACCAGUAUCUCUCCGCCCUCCUCCCGCCCGUCCUGGGUGCCUUGCCGACCGAGCUCGACUCUCUCUUUGAGGAUGAAUUCGAUGAACGCGUCGCUCGCUUUGCCGCCGAGGGUGGAGGUGUAUUAUAUGUAGUCAAAGUCAAGGAUGAGGGGGAAGAGGAAGCGCCCCCAACGUACUCGUAUCGCCUUGUAACUCAGCUCAGCUACUCCCCUUCCACGGUUACUUCUCUCGCACUCAUCAAACGCAAUCCGACGCUGGAUCCGGUCACACCGCUUGCUUCCCAACUGCAUAUUCUUAACUUAUUUGGCGGAGAGGAGACGCCGUACGAGAGUCUGCACUCUGUCGUUAGUUUCGGUGUCAAGCCAUGGUUCGAUGCGUUCGUCGGCGCACGGGGAGGGAACAAAGAUGGCGGGGACAGCAAAAUGGGCAUCCCGAUGACGAAGAAGAAGUUUGCCGAGCUCGAGCUGUCCCUCCUCCAUCUCCAGCAGAACGUCGAGAUCCCCGAAACACACCUCAUCAUCCACCCCGUCAUCCAGCGCGCCGUCGAGCAGGCGCACGCAUCCGGCGUCCGCCCGAAUCUGUCGCAUAUUCCCGCGAAGCUGCUCAACGACAGCACGUUCCUCAACACGCUGCACGGACACGUCAACUCGUGGAUCAAGUCCAUCCAGGCCGUGACGAAGCUCAGCCGCGACGUCUCGUCCGGCACGGCGUCGCAGGAGAUCAACUUCUGGUUGAGCCUCGAGAGGGCGCUCGAGGGGAUCGAGACGCAGCUGCGGAGCGACGAGGUCAAUAUGGUGAUGGACUGCUUGAGGAACGCGAAGCGCUUUUUGGCGACGGUCAGUUUUAUUGCGGAUACGGGGCUGAAGGCGUCCACGGAGCUCGUGCACAAGUACAACCUCCUGAUGAAAGACUUCCCGCUGAACGAGCUGCUCUCCGCGACGGACCUGGACAAGAUCCAAGAAGCGAUCGUGUUCAUCUUCGGGCACAUCAUCCGCAAGCUCAAGCUCUCGCCGUACCCGAUCCGCCGCGCGCUCCCGCUCGUCGAGGCCAUCUCGCGCGACUUCAACGACCAGCUCCUGCGCGUGCUCACGUCGCACCGGCUCGCGUACCAGCCGUACGACAACUUCGACCGGCUGCUCGGGCAGGCGAUGGGGAUAUUUAGGACGUGGGACGACCAUAUCAAGGAGUUCACGAAUGUUGCGAGGGACGCGAUGCGCAAGAGGCUCGAGAAGUUUAUUCCGAUCAAGGUGAACAGCGCGCACGCGAAGCUGCAGGAGCGGUGUCGGUAUUUGAGGGACUGGCGGAAGCAGCACGAGCAGCUGGCGGUGAUGACGGGGCCGACGAAGGGCCUGGGCACGAUGGUGAAGGAGGUGGGCGGGAUUGAUAUGGAGGAGGAGGUGAAGGAGGCGUAUGAGGUGAUUAAGAGGAUCGAUGUGCUGGAUGUGUCUGUUGAGGGCACGGAGAUCUGGGUGACGGCCGAGAACGCGUACAAUGAGCGCGUGGCGCGCGUUGAGAACCAGAUUAUUGCGAGACUGCGCGAUCGACUGGGUACGGCGCGGAAUGCGAAUGAGAUGUUUAGGGUGUUUUCCAAGUUCAACGCGCUUUUCGUACGGCCAAAGAUUCGUGGUGCGAUUCAAGAGUACCAGACGCAGCUUAUUGACUCGGUCAAGGAGGAUAUCAAGCGGCUGCACGACAAGUUCAAAACCCAAUACCGCUACUCGGAAGCAUACCACAUGUCGCAGAUGCGCGACCUGCCGCCGAUCGCGGGCGCGAUCAUCUGGGCGCGGCAGAUCGAGCGGCAGCUGCUCACGUACAUGAAGCGCGUCGAGGACGUGCUCGGGAAGGGCUGGGAGCUCUACGCCGAGGGCCAGAAGCUGCAGAGCGAGAGCACGGCGUUCCGCAAGAAGCUCGAUACGCGGCCGGUGUACGAUGCGUGGCUGCACGAUAUCAAUCGGCGCGAUAUGGGUGUUAAUGGGCGGCUGUUUGAGAUUGUGAGGCUGAGGGGGUCGCAGGCGCAGGCGAACGGCGCCGGUGGAAGCGGGGGCGCGGGGGGCGGAGGGGGUGGCGGGUAUCAGUUGGCGGUGAACUUUGAUCCGCAGAUUAUCACGCUGUUCAAGGAGGUGCGGAACCUGCUGUGGCUCAACUUCCAGGUGCCGCACGCGAUCACGAACAUGGCCAAGGACGCGAAGCGGGUGUAUCCGCACGCGGUGAGUCUGAUGGAGACGGUGCGGACGUACGGGCAGACGCUGGACCUUGUGGAGAACAACAGAGGGAUCGAGUGGCUGGUGGCAGAGUAUAGAAACGAUGCGCAGAGGAUGGUGUCCAAGGGCAUGAACAUCCGUUGGGACUAUUUCGUGAACCAGUACGACACGGCGCGGUACGUCGGCGCCGAGGGGCGCGCGGACAACCGGCACAUCCAGUUCGUGCGCGAGUUCGCGAGCGUCGUCAGUGUAUUGCAGGAUAAGACAAACAACGUUAUUGAUCUGUACCGCGACAUCACGCGCGCGGUCGAGGAUCUAGGCACGUGCGCGUUCAGCACGGAGGCGUUCGCGGAGCUGCUGGCGCGCAUUCAGGCUGCCAUCGAUAGGCUGAAUUUGGAGGGUUACGCGAACCUCGACCACUGGGUGGCCAGCCUCGAUAAGCGGAUCGAGGAUAUCUUUCUCCAGCGGCUCACGCAGAUCAUCGAGACGUGGUGCAGCGAGUUCGACCGCGGCGCGGACGACGGCGACCGCCGGGAUGCGCUCGCGCUGCGCGAUAUGACGAACAAGCGGAAGGCGGGCAAGGGAGUCAAGGAGGAGAAGUUUGUGGAGGGCAGUUUGACUGUGAAGCCGAUUGUGCACGAGAUCCGGAUACAGAAUCAGGUUAUCUUCUUGGAUCCGCCAAUAGAGUAUGCUCGCUCGACGUGGAUCAAGCAACUACAUGAUUGGCUCGGUGUUGUGUGUCGGUUACGACGGAUACAGAGCUCGCGGUACGAGAUCGGUCUGCAGAUGCAGGUCACGGCCGCUGUCGAAACAACGUACACCUCUCUCCUCACCCAGCUCCCCGACGAAAUCCUCCAGCGCCCGUUCUCGCUCAUCGACCAAAAAGUGCGAGAGCUCAAAGAGUACGUCGCGAAAUGGCUGCAGUUCCAGUCGCUCUGGGACCUCGAGGCCGAAUACGUGUUCAACCGGCUCGGCGACUCGCUCGCGCACUGGCAGCAGCUCCUCACGGAGAUCAAGAAGGCGCGCUCGACGUUCGACACGUCCGAGACGCAAAAGGGCUUCGGCGUGUGCGUCGUGGACUACGAGCAGGUGCAGGCGCGGGUGAACGCAAAGUACGACGCGUGGCAGCGGGAUAUUCUGAGCCGGUUCGGGGUGAAGCUGGGGAAUGCGAUGAAGGAUAUGCAUGCGAGCAUUCUCAAGGCGAGGAAUGAGCUCGAGCAUCAUUCGAUCGAGGGGCUCGUUGGUGCGACGGCGAGAAGGUUUUGAGGUGGUGUUAGCGUGACGGUGGGGGUUUGUGAUGACUUUACGACUUGGAUGAGCGGCGAUGACGAUGGGCCGAUGGAGAUGAAGCCAGGCUUAGAUGCUGAGGUGGACGACGAUAGACGGGUGGAUUGGUUGGGUUAUACCCUCCGCGGUGCGCCAGGCAUCGAUUACAACUUACCUAUUUUGUGGUUCUACAGUAUGCGCGUAUGCAGUCAUGUUACACUAUCCCGCAACUUUCUUUCUCUUUUCUGUCCCUUUGUCAUUUCUGUACUAUUUCUGUCUAAUGGCUACAUGUCUACAUAAUCGGAUCCCGUUCGUGUUCUACAUAUCAGUUGGAUGACAUGGGGUCUAAGCGGUGUGUAGUAUAAUAGUGCGCGCGCGGUUGGACGUGCGGCGUGUUUUUAGAAGGAUGGAAUGACGGUGAUGCUAUGGAUAUCUAUUAUCUAUCAGGUUGGAUUGAUAUGUCGUGAGGAUGCGCGGUCGGUUGGACGAGGGGGCGCAGAAACUGAUGAAAGAUGGAUAGGAAGAAGCAAGGCAAAAGGAGGUAUGCAAAAAACCGAGACUAGGAUUGAAAACAACCGCGUCCUACCACCGCGUGAUAUCCGCCUCCGCCUCACCGAACAUGCUCGUCUUCUUGACUGAAAAGUCCCCCACCUUCAGCCCACCCUCACCCCCGCCCUUGCCCUCGCCCUCGCUUUCGGGUUCCACAGGCUUCUCGUAGUACGCCGGAAACUCGCGCUUCAGGAAACGCAUGACGUGCCUGUUGAUCUGCUCAAACUCGAGCAGGAAGCCAUCGUGCCCGUCGGGCGAGGGGAUCAUGACGAGCUCCGCGCCGGGGAUGUGCGUCGCGAGCUCGCGCUGCUCGCUCGGCGUGAAGAGGCCGUCCGUUUCGAUCCCGAUGAUCAGCGCGCGCGCGGGGAGGGUGGCGAGCACAGCGGCGAGGGCCGCUGACUGCGGGUCUGCGGCGUCCGAAGUCGUGGAUGGGUCACCGUUGGCUAAGGGAGGAGGAUGGCGCCCGCGCGCGACGUCGUGCGUGUCCAUCUUGCGCGUGAUGUGGAUGUAGCAGUUGGCGUCGAAGCGCGCGAUGAACUUGGCGCCCUGGUAGCGGAGGUAGCCCUGUGCGCUGAAUGGCGUCGGCGGGGAGCGCGGUGGGGAGAGGGUGCCUGUCCCCCCUGGCGCGGGAGGGAUGCUGACGUUGGUCGUCGAUGCCCGUGGCGAGCUCGCGUGCGAGCGCGAGCCGGCGCGUCCCGCGUUCUUGUGCCCCUCGUUGUGCGCCGCGAGCGCCGCGUCCGCGUCCGACAGCUGCAACGACGGUGUCACCGCCCCCUCAUCCGGCGCGGGCGCGGGAGCAGUCGAGGGCUGCUGCGGGCGCCUCCCAAACCUCCGCUCGAACGAGUCUCGCGAGCGGUACGUGAGCAGCGCAGCCAUGCGCGCUGCCGCGAGCCCGGUCGCGGGCUGCUCGGCGUAGUAUCCGUCGUCGUAGCCCGGGUCGGAAUAGAUGCUCUGCCGCUGGGCCUCGCCCCAGGAGAUGCACCACGCCGAGUGGCGCGCGGACGUCGCGAGGGGGAUGAUGUGUCGCACGAAGCCUGUGGGCGUGCAUAAAGGCCACUCGAGCACGGCCAUGCCGCCCAUGGAGCCGCCGACGGCGACGGCGACGGAGGAGACGCGGAGGUGGUCGAGGACGUGUUUUUGGAGGC